CCGACGUCCUGCGUGCGUGACAUAUACAUUGACAUUGAACAUAACUUAUAUACGGCUGUCCUGCGUGAUACAUCUGAAUAGUCAUCUAAGUUACCAUGGACGAAUUUGACAUGAUCAACAGACCGCUGGCAUGGACGCUCCUGUUACUAGGAGCAAUCGCCUAUGCCUACUCCAAAAGAGCUCACUUGCAGAAUAACAUCUGUCGAUUAAGACUUCCAUUGUUGUCAACACCGGCCAAGCAGAAAGCCGAACACGUAUGCUCGGAAUCCGCAUACGAUGAUAUCACUCCUUUCUCAAACUUCAGCCUGGAUACGGAACAGCCCCUCAAGCUCCGCCCUUUCAAACCAAAAUACCAUAUGACAAUGGCACUCGAAAAUACUACCCUGAAUGAUCUAAUUGCAAUGGAUAACACUUAUCGUGAACGGUUACAAAUCCGUUCGCGACUCAUCGAAAAGGAACGUUACGAAGUCCUUGCAUGUAACUCAGAAGCCGUCCCCGCCGUCCUAGAACUGUACGAAUGGCUUACAAGAACAUACCUGCCUCUUCGCUUUUCAAGUCUAUACUCCAUCACAGAGUCGGGAAAGCAUCUGCGCAACCAUGUCACAGAUAGCCUGAUCCCACUACACAUGACUAACGGCGAAGAAGCUCUGGAAAUCCUAGGCUCCAAUAUCGACACGGAGUUCUUACUACUCACCCCUUCCCCCUCCCCUCUCACCUCCGAACCACUCGAUGGUUCGUCGUUCGGUACCACUACGCAGACCAAAUACUUGCUAACGGCCUUUAUAAACUGCUUUCCGAGCGGAUUCAACACACGUUCCAAGCUCAAUCAACUUCUCGCUGCGAUACAUGCUCCUGUCCCCGGCUAUGCCGCCAAGCUAGAAAAGAGCAUGGAUCGCUUCUUUGCCAAUCUACCCAUGGGCAAGAUCGUCAAGCGGAGUAAUUGGAGUAUCAGUACAAAUGGAGAGUUGUUCUGCUUGAAAGGGAACCACAUGAGUGAGGAGGAUUUGGCUCGGAAGCAAAAGAACGAGGUGGAGGAGGAAAUUGAUUUGGACAAGACCGUGGUGAGAUGUGAGAGACAGACAUUGCAUCGUUUGCCAAAGACCGGGGCGCUAGUAUUUGCUUUCAAGACGUAUCAGUAUCCGUUGCGCGAAUUGAGAGAUGAAGGGAGCGGAGAGGUGCUUGCGGAGGCUAUUGAUGGUUUGGGCCUUGGCAGUGCACCCGGCAUGACAAUCUACAAGCGUCAAAUCAUCUGGGGUGAUAAAGUAAAGGCUUUCUUAAAGGGGGAGAUUGAUGCCUGA